AACAAAACCACCUCAGUAAUAUAAAACCACAACCAAAAGCCAACGAAGCAGUUUCUUUCUUUCCUUCUUCUCUUUCAUUUUUUCGCUUCUCUCCUUCCACCUUCCUCCACCGUACGUCAACCUCCACCCCGUAUUUUUUCUUAUUAGUAUUAUACUAUAUUUAUCUAUACAAAAAAAUACACAAAAAUACGUACACAAGAUACCCUGUAACAUUUACACACUUCUUCUCUCUCUCUCUCUCUCUCUCUCUCUCUCUCUCUCUGCAAUUCAUUUCUUCUUCGUUCAGAUAAAUUGUAUACUUUACUGUGGGCGAGUUUUUGGAAUUUUUGCGUAUUGGGUUUCUUCUUGUUUUUUUCUUUCUCCUUUUCUCAAGGUAACCCCCCUCGUUCCUUUUUCUCUAUUUAUUUAUUGUGUUGAAUUUUGUUGCUUUACUUUUAUUGGAAUUAGGUGUUUUCUUAAGGUAGUUGUUAGCUGUCUUGGUGGGAUGAAAUUGUUGUUUUAGGGACCUGAUUGAUUGAUUGAUUGAUUCUCUGGGGCAAGUGUUAUUAAUUUAAUGUUGUCGAAUUUCCAGCUAUAAGAAUUUGAUCUUGUUUGUUGCCUUUUUCUGUGUGUGAUGCGGUGGUUUUUUUUUUUUUUAUUAGGGUUUGCUUUUACUUUGUUGAUGAUAUGCGUUAUAGUUAUUUUACUUAGAACGGUGCUGUAGCCUAGUAAUUUUGUUGAUCUGGGGUUUUUUAUUUUUUUGCUUUCAAUUUUAGGGAUUUGUUGUGAUUCUAUACCUUUUAUGUCCCAGAUCGAUCCUGGUUAUCAACAUCUUAUGAUCUAACUUGCCAUAUGGGGGAGGGGGUCCUGAUUUGGAAAUGAAUCAACAGAUCACAGUAUUUAGUUCGUUUUUAGCCUGAAGGUUCUCAACUGGAAACUUUUGAUCUUUAACAAUCAGUGCUUUUAUAUGUAGAGAUUUUUGCAAGUAAAAUUGCUAGCAUCUUGUAUUUUCCUUCUCUGGUUUGAUUCUGAUUCACUUGGGUUUAGGGUGGACGCAGAUAAGUUAUAAACCGUGGUUGUCUUUUUUUUUUUAAAAAAAAAAAGAGGUGAGUGAGCUACUUGAUGGGGAGGGGAAGCAAGGUUGGAUUCAAGCGGGGAACUAGGAAGAGGGCGAGAUCGGUGGACGGAGCUUCCGAUGAGUCGGAUGAGGACUUCAUAGUGGGUGAAGAGGAGGAGAUUGAAGAGUCUGAAGAAGAAGAGUAUGCUUCUUCUUUUGAUGAUGAUGAAUCUGAGGCGAGUUUUGCCGAUUUUGAAGAAGAUGAUGAAGAGGAGGAAGAGGAAUAUACCAAAAAGAAGGUGAAGAAGACGGGAAGAACCAAAAAGGUUAAACCAGUUAGAAAGCGAAGUACGACUGUGAAGCCCAAAAGAAGCACUCGGGCUUCGUACAGGGAAGAAGAUGAUGACGAUGAUUGGAAUGAUUCUGAGGAAAAUUUUGGUAUGGAGGAUGAAGAUGUUACGCAGCCAAGAAAAAAGAAUAGGGUUUCAUAUCAAGAGCAAGAUGAUGAGAAUUACGAUGAUGAUGACGACGACGAUGAGGAGUUUAGACCAGACGAGGUUCAUGAUGAAUUAGAGGAUGACGAAGAUGUGGUGGUCUCUAAGAAGAAUAAGAAGUUGGGUAGGCCUCCAUUGCAGAAAAAGAGCAUUCGCAAGGUGAAGAAGGGGAAGAGGACCCCAAAAGUUUUGAAGAAGACUGUAAAGAAGACACGCAAACACAAUAAAAGAAGUAACCGCAGCGAUGAUAGGGAAUUUAUAGAUAAUAAAAUUAGGGAAGAUCAACCUAAAAAGAAGAUUACUGGACGUAGAGGGAGGAGGAGUGGAAUUUUGGAUUCUGAUUCAGACUUUGUGAAUUCUGGUUUAUCUGAUUAUGAAUACACAAUAUCAGAGGAAGAGAGAGAACAAAUUCAGGAGGCUAAUGAAUUCUGUAGAAACUUAUCAGCCGCUUUGAGGAGUUCCAUUCCAAAAGAGGAGUCGAGAGAAGAAGAAGAACCUUUCAAUCGACAACGCAAACGUCUGAGAACAAAAGGUAAGGGAAAGGAAGAGGUAUUGAAGGUUGAAACAGGAAAGCAGGUUUGCGGGAUUUGUUUGUCUGAAGAAGGGAAGAGAACCAUCAGGGGAACACUGAAUUGCUGCAGUCAUUAUUUUUGUUUUGCAUGUAUUAUGGAAUGGUCCAAGGUUGAAUCUCGCUGCCCUCUCUGCAAGCAAAGGUUUAUAACAAUAAGUAAGCCCUCGAGAGUAGAUUCUGGGUUUGAUCUGAGGACUGUCGUGAUCCAGGUUCCUGAGCGUGAUCAGGUUUACCAACCAUCUGAAGAAGAGCUUCGCGGCUUUCUGGAUCCAUACGAAAGUGUAAUAUGUACUGAAUGUCAUCAUGGUGGCGAUGAUGCUCUGAUGCUUUUAUGCGAUCUAUGUGAUUCACCUGCGCACACCUACUGUGUUGGGCUUGGACAUGAAGUUCCUGAAGGUAACUGGUACUGUGAAGGCUGCAGGCCAACUGCCAUGGAGUCAUUGAGUACCCAUUUAGAUACUCCUCAUGAUCGUAGAACAAGUAACAACCUGUCUAGUGUUUCUUCCCCUGUCAGCAAUGUGAGGGAGACUUUUGAUCUGAAUGAGGCAUAUGUACCUGAUACACCUUUGAGUCAAAUGACUGGUCAACCAUCCCCAAGGUUCUUGGUAGCAGAUAUUCAAGCAUCUUCUCCCACUCCUGGAUCAGGGGCAGCUACUUUGUUUGAGAGACGUAGAAUUCAGCGUCAGAUACACCAAAUUAUUUCCAACAGAAGACUGCAGGACACUGGAAUCAUUGGCACACGGCCUCCCUUCUCUGUGAAUAGUCUGCUUGGAACUCAAAUUGGCCGGGGUAGGGAACUAGCACCUCAAUAUGCAGUGGCAUCAGAGGGAAGGAUACCACCAAAUCACAUGCCUUUUCCUGGUAGACAGGACUAUGGCUCUUUUUUGUUUAAUAAUACUGAUGCUUUUCCUACAAGACCGACCCUCUCGAGAGGACCUGUGGUUUCAAAUCAAGCUUCUACUUCUGCGGGUAGUUCUUUUGGUGGCUUGUUCCAUACUGAUUUUACUGGGGUGAAUGCACGGAACAGUUUAGCAGUGGAUAUUCAGCAAAUACAUCCUCGUGGUGGCGGUCCAAACAUAGGAUCUGAUGCAAAUGUGUCUCCUCAAUGUAGAGAGGUGAGAUCAUUUAACACUGGAAAGGAACAAGUGCAAUCUAUGGUUAAAAGUCAUUUAAAAAGCUUGUCCCGGGAAUGGGAAUUAGGUUACACUGCCUUCAAGGACAUUGCCAGGAGCUCUACACACACGAUUUUAGCUGCAUGUGGGCUUGAGCACCGUAGUAAUGAAGUUUAUCCUAUGAACACCCGCAUAAUUUGCACUCACGGGGAGAAUGAGGCAGGUGAACUAACAAGCCCAAUGAAACGCCAUUGCUCAACCUGUUUUGACUUGUUUGUAGGGGAUGUAGUGCAAGAGAUAAUAAAUCACAGAGUAGCGUUCUUGUCAAAGGAUUAG